AUGUUCAUCGACUUGGGGGCGGAGGUCGUUGUUGCCAAUACCGCUCAAACCCGUUCCUCUUUUUCUUCUGUUGCCACAGCUGGAAGGGGGGCGGAGCUAUCCCGUCCAUUUCCAGAGAAAAGGGACGCCGUUCAGUCCCUCAGAGGAGAGCCUGCGUUUCUCGGCAGAAAAAUGGUUCUCGUCCUUGCUAUAGGAGAUUUUCACAUUCCAUAUCGAUCCCCCACGUUGGCUCAGCGCUUCAAGACCCUUUUAAUGCCCGGAAAAAUCCAGUUUGUUCUAUGCACUGGAAACCUUUGCAGCGCGGAAGUAGACCAAUACCUUCGGUCGAUAAGUCCGGAUGUGCAUAUUGUCACAGGAGACAUGGAUUCGGCCCCAUAUCCCGCGAAAGCUGUCGUAAACGUAGGAAGUUUGGGGUUCGGGAUCUGCCAUGGACAUCAGAUUAUGCCUAGCGGCACCACCUCUGGCAUUGAGUCAUUGCGAAGGGAAAUGGGUGUCGAUGUGCUAAUCACAGGACACACGCACAAACUUGCUGUCUGGCAAGGGAAGGAAGGCGGUCUCUAUGUAAACCCAGGUUCUGCGACUGGGGCGUAUUCGACGACGAAGACGGAAGUUGAGCCGCCAAGUUUUGUCCUGAUGGAUGUCCAAGGAAGCAAGGUUGUUACGUAUUCAUACGUACUUGAUGGAGAGGUAUGUUGCCCCGUGAUUCUCUGUAGUUUCCCUUUUCGUUUUCUUCUCGUUCUCGACGGAGAAUUAACUCUUCCAUCCGUUUACUCUUGCAUUAAAACAGGAAGGAGUGCGUGUCGAAAGAGAAGCGUUUGAUCGAGCAAAGUAAAUGAUCAAUUAUCACAUCCA